AUGUGGGAACCGAGGAAGCGCCGCACUGUGGGUGGCGGCGCUGCAGAGGCAGUGGCUGACAGUGCGGUGACCAUCGACGGCACGUUGUGGGCAGCCAACAGAUGGUGGGAUGAAUGGUCUCAGAUACGGGCUGCUUGGACGGAAACCGCAGAAAGUGGACAAUCAGCCCAGCCUUGGUUGAGAGCCAAGCAGCUUAGCUCCAAACUCCGGACGGGGAACAAACGAGCAGUGUGCCCUGGAACAGCGCCGAAAGCGAACCCGCUGACGGGGCUCGGAGGCUUUUUUCUCGCCCUGGACCUUGCUACUGCGACUGAACGCGGUACUACAGCACGCGGCGGGGAAACUACAGACGCUGCCGCAACGUGCGCUGAUGGGGAAGGGGCCCCGGGCAGUGGGCAGUGGGCGCUACCAGCUGCUAAUAGCCGGCGUCUGCCUGUUCUCGAUGCGCCGAUUCUUGGGCCAGCGGUCGGCUCAACAAAGCUUCAAUGGGGCGGGUCGCAAAUCAAUCGCCAGCUACACCUAUUUGUGCGACGAAACAUCCGUCACGUCAUUUUAUCCGCAGGGACAGUUUGA